UCUUCCCUUUUUUCUUUCUUUCGACAAUGUUGGUGGCAGUGAUGGGGGCAACAUGAAACAGUGGCAGGUUUCUUGGCUCUCACCUCCCUGCUUUCCUGUGAUGGAUCUGGAACCCCCUACUGUUUUGGAUGGGUGGUACAGAGUACAAAGUACCUGAGCUAGGGAGUCUGUCCUAGGUUGGACAGGACACACUGACUGGGAUGGGAGUUGGAAGACCUGACCUGACCUGUCCAGGUCGGAAACACCCGGUUGGAACGGUCCAGGUCACGUUGGGUUUGGUUCGUGUCCCUGGGUUUGGUGGGUUUACCGGGUUGAUUUCUCCAGUCGUCGUGUGUUUUUUUCUAAUGGGUCCUGUCGUGUCUGCAAGAGGAUCCAGUCCACAUGGAUUGGAUGGAUGGGCUGGACUAGACUGACUGACUGACUGACUGGAUGGAUGGAUGGGUUGCUAGCCUGCUAGGGUGGAUGUGGAUGUGGAUGUGGAUGUGACCAUCCAAAAGGGGGGAAGUGCUGGUCUUGCCCCACGUCGUGUACCUGGCGAUUAUUCAUAAUCAUGGAUGAUGGACCCCCCCUUGGCACGGUCUAACCACCUCUGGAGUUAUUUAUAGCCGGUUGUCCGAUUCUGUUCGCUACUAGAGUGGUGGUUUGUCAGGGGGGGGAAACCCCCCCGCUGGUUGACCAGUGGCCACCAUGCUGGUCACUAGCCACCCACCUGCCCACCAGUGAGGAGGUUUGUAUAUUGGAGGGUGAAUAAUUGAGGUCAGUAUUGGAGGAUCGACAGUGUGUCCUUCUCUUUCUCCGUGCGAACGAUGCACAUGCAUCUGGUGGCCUUGGUGGGAGGGACUUACUUGCCCUUGUUCGAGGGAUGAUUGGAGGAGGCAGUUCCCCAGCAGGAAUCGGGCAGCAGAAUCAGAUGCGUCGGGACGCAGGGGCCAUACUCCAAUACUCCUCGCUUUGUUUUUUGUUUUUUUUUUUUGUCUUUC